AAAGACCUAUAUAAACUCCCUUGAAUUGAUAACAAUGUGCCAGACAACAAGUAUGCACGCUCGCGGUUGGAUGUCUUGAGGAGCUAUCAAUAUCAUGCUUCUUCUUCUUGUAUACACCGACCACCCCGCCGCCACUGUACGAAGCAGUGUCGACAGGAUUUGUUGUGAUCAACAUUAUGCUGUCAGCUGUCCUAUGUCUUCAACUAGAAAGAAGCCAAAUAUGGAGUUUUUAUAAUAUUUUCGAUGGUCUUUUGGAGGAUUGUCAAUCGAUAUUCUUUUUCUUUUGUUCUAUUAAUCCAGUAUGUGUUGCCAUAUUUGAAAGGAAACUUCAUACAUAUAAAUCUUCCGGCACGAUGCGGAAAACUUUAAUUGACGGAUUUGGAAACGAUAUAUCACUCAACAUUCACCAGAUAAAUCAGGGAAAUAAGGAAUACUUGCCAAAAGCCAAAGAGUCCUUUGUCCACACGGUCACGGAUUUUUCUAAAAGGUUCUUUCUUGUCGAAGAUAUAUUUCCGCUUUUGAACAAUGAACCUAAAUCUGAUCAUCAAUUAUGUGGAAAAGGCUCUUUUAACAUUUAUCUGAAAGAUUUUAAAAGCAAAUUUAGAAAGAACUUUUAUGUUGCAGUUAUGGGUUUGAAAAAGAAGCUUUUAUACGAGGAAACUACAAAACUAUUGAGUAGUGAUAUCCUCUCUGAAUUUGGGCGGACUACGUCCAAAAUUGGAAUGAUAUUGUUGAAACUGAUAUUUCCUGCGGAGCUAAUAAACUUGAAGGAAUAUCAAAUUCUUCUUAAAAUUUUACCAUCCUACGUAGGAGAGCAGCAGAAUUACUGUAAUGAACUUUCAUUACACAAACAGGGAGGACUUCUACAAUGCCAUCAGAAGCAUUUAAGUUAUAACCAGAGCGAUGCUGAAAAAGAGACAAUUUUCAGCACUUACCUGGAGGAAUACAAUAAUGAAAUGAUACCAUUCGAAGAUUCUUUGUUCAAUAUUCAAAUCGACCUGAGAAAUGAGGAGGAUGUUUCAGAAAAAUUAACACAUUUUUGCUGUGAUCAAGAAAAUAAGUGUGUUGAAAUUUUAUCCGAAAAUAUAUUAUUUCAUACUGAUGAGAAGGAAUUCAGAAAAGAACAGGGAUAUUUUAAAAAAUCCGUGCGUUUUAUUGAUGACCAGGAAAUUAUAAAUAACAAAAUUUCACUAUUCCAAGAAGUAUCAUGGGAUAGCAAUCAAGUGCACUUGGACAAUAAACAGGAAUUUAAUGAAAAAUCAACAUGUUUCGAUGCUGAUCAGAAAAACGUUAGUUAUGAAAUUUCAUCAUUUAAAGAUGGAGUACUUGUUCAUGAUGAACUGGAUACUGAGAAUGCAUAUUCUGAAAAAUCAGCAUGCGAGAUUUCUGAACAGAUGAAUUUUUAUAAGGAAUUUGCAUUGUCUGAAAACACAUUUUCUAAUCUUAAUCAAAACAAUGAAUCUCAAGUGCCCACCUUUUCACAAAUUUUACAGAAAGAUAAUUAUUUUGAAAAUUUAAAUUCAUUUUGUGAAGAAUGCAAUUCUUAUUCAAGACAAAUAGAUGCUGAGAUUGAACUACCAGAGUUUCAGCCAUCUGACUCUCCGACCCGCCAUGAAGGCACACAGAUUUAAACCAUAAAACUGAAUGACCGGACUGCCGCAACAGCAACACUGGAGGGAACUGUGGUUGAGUCCUAAGGGCCAUCACCGGUCACGGUACAACCC